AUGAGGGAGUUGUCGUACGGUUUCUUCUACCGCUGGUGGCAGCAGCAGUCGGAGGGCAUGCGGCAGCGCGUGCGUGCUCUCGUGCACUCGGGGCAGCUGGAGUUCAUCAAUGGCGGGUGGGUAAUGCACGACGAGGCGGUAUGCCACUACAGGGACGUGCUGCACCACAUGUCGCUGGGCCACCGCUUCCUGCGCCGCCACUUCAACAUCACCCCCUCCAUCGCCUGGCAGAUAGACCCCUUCGGCCACUCCGCCACCCAAGCUAGUCUUAUCACCGCGCAGGGCGGGCUGCAUGCGGUGUUCUUCGCACGGGCGGACUAUAAGGAUGUAGCGCGGCGCAAGCAGGAGAGGAGCACCGAGUUUGUGUGGCGCGCCUCAAAGACUUUUGGCCGGCAGGCUGAGCCAUUCCUGUUGAGCCGUCUCAAUACACACCCUCUCCACCCUCUCUCUCUCCCCGACCCCCCCCCACCGGAGCAGGUGUUUGCAGGCAUUCUCUACUGGGACGGCUACUAUGCCCCGGAGCCAUUCCGCUUUGAACCAUACGACCCUCUCACCAACCUCGUCAAGGACGACCCGUACGAGGUCGACGCCAACAUAGUGCAGCUGGUGGAGACGUUUGUGAACCGGUCGCUGACGCAGGCGGGUGACAGGCGCAGCGAGCAUGUGAUGUGGGCCAUGGGGGAGGACUUCUCACACUCCAAUGCUGCCCUAUGGUUCAAGAACCUGGACACGCUCGUGCACUACGUCAACCUGCUCCUUCCGCAGGCAGCAGCUCUACUGGAAGCAUCAGUGGGUCAGGUGAAGCUGCAAGCCCGGGGCAACAGCACGUCCCCCCUCGUGGUCCCUGUGCUGCUCUCCGCCAACCUCACUGCCAUGCCAUCCAUGCCCCCACGCGCCCUCCCUCCUUCCUUCACACCCCUCCUCAUCCGUCCAUCUCCUCCCUUCCACCCUCUACCUCCAUACUCCUCCCUUCCACCCUCUACCUCCAUACUCCUCCUGCAGGCAGGCAGCCACGCUACUGGAAGCAUCAUCCCUGUGCUGCUCUCCACCAACCUCACCGCCAUCCACGCCCCCGCACCCCCGGCCUCGCGCCUGGCCUCGACGUUCCCCCUGGAGGAGGCAGUGGCAGUGGCACAGCACCAUGAUGCCAUCACAGGCACGGGAAAGCAGCACGUGAAUGAUGAUUACACGCUGCAGCUGCACCGGGGAGCGCUGGAGGCAUCUGUGAUAGUGACCUCGUCCCUCACGCACCUCAUCACUCGGGGCGUACUGGACCUCAAACCCGCCGCUGCUGCCAUUCCUGCUGCUCCUGCUGCUCGCACCACAGCACAACCUGCUGCUUCUGCCGAGACACCCUAUAACGAGACAGGGAAUCUAGAAGACAGAGGCACAGAGGACACGCUGCGGCUUGGACUGGACUUCCAGCUGUGUCCGCUGCUCAACAUCUCCUACUGUCCGCCCACACACCACCCCAUUCCCCCCGGCACCACACUGGUUAUUACUGCUUACAACUCCCUCGGUUGGGCCCGAGACGAGAUAAUCCGCAUCCCUGUGUCCUCCCCUUCAGUCAUUGUGACUGAUGACCGUGGUAACGUGGUUCCAUCACAGGCCAUUCCCGAGGUGUUGAUUCUGUGGGAAACACGAAAGAGGUAG